GUCAACAUUCAAUGUUUCGCUCACAUUGUGCAAUUUAUCUUUAAAGAAAUUAUUCAAUAAAUUACGUGUUUUGUAUAUUAAUUUCAAAUUUGUACGCUGUACUUUCAAAGUAGGGUUCACCCGAGGUGUGCAUAGUCAUUUUCAACAUGCGUUUGGUAGAUUCAAAGAAGUUAUUUGAACUUCAAAACAAACCUACAAAUAUUCGAAAUAUUUGUAUUGUGGCACACGUGGACCAUGGGAAAACAACUUUAGCUGAUGCCUUAAUAUCCAGCAAUGGCAUUAUUUCCCAGAGGAUGUCAGGAAAACUUCGUUACAUGGAUAGUAGGCCAGACGAACAAGAAAGAGGAAUUACUAUGAAAAGUAGCAGUAUAGCGUUGUAUCACGCUGUGGAUCAGGCAGAAUAUCUUGUAAAUCUUAUUGAUUCUCCUGGUCACAUUGAUUUUUCAAGCGAAGUAUCUACUGCUGUCAGAUUGUGUGAUGGUGCCAUUGUAGUUGUAGAUGUUGUUGAAGGAGUAUGCCCGCAAACAAGAUUAGUAUUAAAACAGGCCUAUUCAGAGAACAUUCGGCCAGUAUUGGUUCUGAAUAAAAUUGAUAGGCUCAUUGUUGAAAUGAAAAUGACAGCACUUGAUGCAUAUGUCCAUAUAAACCAAGUACUGGAGCAAAUUAAUGCUGUUAUGGGUGAGCUGUUUGCUUCAGGAGUAUUGGAAAAUGAAGAAAACACCAUUGAUAAGCAGCAACUAAAACCCCAAAAAAAAGAAGAUCAAAACUUUUACGAUUGGACUUCAGCAUUAGAAGACGCUGAUGAUUCAAAUCUUUAUUUCUCCCCUGAACAAGGGAAUGUUGUGUUUGCAAGUGCAAUUAAUGGUUGGGGUUUCACAACUCAUACUUUUGCCAAGCUCUUCUCAGCAAAAUUAGGUGUCAAAGAAGAAUUAUUAAAAAAAGUUUUAUGGGGAGAUUAUUAUUUGAAUCCGAAAACAAAACGAUUCAUGAAAGGUGCUCAAGAGAAGGCGAAAAAACCUCUUUUUGUACAAGUUAUUUUUGAUAAUCUAUGGAAUAUUUAUGAAACAAUCAUCCUAAGGAAUGAUAAAGAAAAAGUGCCAGUUAUUUGUGAAAAACUUGGUAUAAAAUUAACAACAAGAGAUUUGAGACACACGGACAGUAGAGUUCAAUUGCAAUCACUUAUGAUGCAAUGGUUACCUUUGUCACAGACAGUUCUUGAUAUGGUGUGUGAAAAACUACCAUCGCCAAAGGAUAUUUUACCAGAAAAAGUUGAAAAGCUCAUGUGCUCUCGGAUACGCGAUUUUGAGUCUUAUCUCGACGAAACUAAGAAACUUAAAGAUGACUUUCUAGCCUGUGAUAGUAGCAACAAUAGGCCACUAAUUAUUUUUAUAUCUAAAAUGUUUAGUAUUGAAAGAAGUUCUCUACCCGAGAAUAAACCAAAAGCAUUGACAGCUGAAGAAAUGGCUCUAAGAAGAGAAAAAGCGAGGCAGAUGCGUGAAGAACUAAAAAAUAGUGCAAAUACAGAAGCUAUACCCAUUUGUAAAGAAAUGCCUGGAGAUAGCCCAGAAAAAUGUACUGAAGACGAAAAAGGAAAGGAAGACCAAGAAAAGGAAGAACAGAGUGAGACAGCAUUCAUAGCUUUCGCCAGAAUAUUCAGUGGAAAAGUUAGAAAAGGGGACAAAGUUUACGUUUUGGGACCUAAACAUGAUCCAUCUCAAGCCCUGAGUAUACCAGAUUUUAAAGUGGAUCCGAAUAAAAAAUUAAAAGACUUACAAAGCAAUGAACAUAUUACUUGUGCAGAGAUAAAAUCGCUGUACAUUCUUAUGGGUAGAGAACUAGAUGAAAUUGAUGAAGCAGUCAGUGGAAAUAUUAUUGGCAUCGGAGGUUUAGAAGAUCAUGUACUUAAAACGGCGAUCUUAAGCAGUACUAUUGCAUGCCCGCCCUUCAGUGAAAUUCAGUAUGCGGCAGUGCCCAUAUUAAGGGUAGCUAUUGAACCGACACAUCCAUCGGAUAUGUCGCAAUUAGUUAAAGGAUUAAAACUAUUAAAUCAGUCAGAUUCAUGUGUACAAGUACUAUUGCAAGAAACUGGAGAGCAUGUGCUGGUGACUGCAGGUGAGGUUCACUUGCAGAGGUGUCUUGAAGAUCUCAAAAAUGUUUACGCGAAAAUACCAAUAUCAGUGUCUGAACCUAUAGUACCAUUCAAGGAAACUAUUGUAGAACCACCCAAAAUUGACAUGGCGAAUGAAGAAAUAGACGCACAGAAUUUAGACAAAGGAAACGAAAACGAGCAAGACCCUGUCAUUACUAUCUAUACGAAUAAUAAACAAAGUCGAAUAAAAAUCAGAGCUAGACCCUUGCCAAACAAAAUUACAGAUCUUUUGGAAAAAUCGUCCGACUUACUAAAAGCAAUUUCACAGCAUAUUAAAACGCUGCAAGGCAUAUCAAACGAGAGAUUAGAAAACAAAUUAGAUAAUCUACAAAUUAAUGGCGAAACGAAAUACCAGCUUUCGGACAGAAUGCUGAAAUUAAUAGAAACAUUUAUUACUGAAUUGCAGAAUAUAUGCUCUAAUUUAGGUCCGGAAUGGAAGGAUGUGGUCAAUCAAAUAUGGUCCGUGGGGCCUAGAAAUUGCGGUCAAAAUUUACUGUUGAAUCAAACGGACGAUUAUCAGACGAAGUUUUUACAUCAUCAGAAAGUUAUAUUGGAAGAUGCUAGGUUUGAAUAUGAGAGCAGUUUCGUGAAUGGGUUUCAAUUGGCGACCCUGGCUGGUCCAUUGUGUGAGGAGCCAAUGAUGGGUGUAGCAUUUUGUGUCGAAGAAUGGACUUUGGAAAAGAAUGAAACCGAUGAUUCGACGCAUUCCUUUGGGCCAUUGUCAGGUCAAAUAAUGUCAGCGGUGAAGGAAGGUUGCCGGCGAGCGUUCCAAGUGCAGCCGCAGAGGCUCAUGGCCGCGAUGUACUCUUGCGAUAUUGUCGUCGACCAGAAAGUGUUAGGUAAGCUGUACGCAGCGCUGGGGCGGCGCAGCGGGCGCGUGGUGGCGAGCGACCUGCAGAGCGGCUCCGCGUCGUUCCGCGUGCGCGCGCUGCUGCCCGUCGCCGAGAGCUUCCGGUUCGCGCUCGAGCUGCGCACGCACACCUCGGGGCUCGCCGCGCCGCAGAUGAUGUUCAGCCAUUGGGAGGUUAUCGACAUAGAUCCAUUCUGGCGUCCUCGCACCGAGGAAGAGUACCUCCACUGGGGCGAGAAGUGGGACGGCGUGAACCGCGCCAAGGCGUACAUGGACGCCGUGCGCACGCGCAAGGGGCUCGCCACCGACCGCCAGCUCGUCACACACGCAGAGAAGCAGAGGACGUUGUCCAAGAAGAAGUGAAUGCUCCUACUAGUUGUGUAGGGGAAUUAUACGCUAUAGCGUUACGUUAUUCGUAUAUGUGACACUAUCCAAUUGAUAUCGUUCUGUUUGCUAGGUUUUUGUAGUUUUGUAUAAAAUUGUUGGUUCCCAUAUACGUAUUAUUGUUAUGUGUUUAAGUACAUUUAUAUUAAAAUAUUAGUAAAGUAAUAAUAGAAAGAUUCUUUUUAUAAAUGAUCCAAUAUUUUAGCAAAUUUUCGUAAUUCUGUAUAGGAUAGGUAGGCGAGACCAUAAGCGAAUACCUUUUAUUUUGAAAUAAUAUGGUCAGUAGGUACAUAUAAAAUAGUAACAAUGGUCACCUGUUACUGUUUUUUUUUUUACUAUAAUAAUUACAUGUACAUGUCACAAAAAUAAAUGGAAAAAAAACUGAGUUUGAAGUAAAAACAACAUUGAAGCAUUUACAUUAAUUUAAAAUUUAUAACAUUAUAAAAAUUUUG